GUCGAUGAACUCAAGCACUACCUCGCGGCUGACGUCGAGCUGGUCAAGGACGCCGUCUCCUGGUGGCAGGGAAAGCGUCAGAAGUACCCUCGCCUCUCCCGAAUGGCGAUCGAUUACCUCAACAUCCCCGCUACCUCCGUCGAGGUGGAGAGGGUCUUCAGCCGUGGUCGGCUGCUGCUGACGCACGUCCGCAACCGGAUGAUCGCGGAAAGCACGCGCGCGAGCAUCUGUCUCGGAAUUUGGGCCCAGCAUGGCCUCGUGGACACAGCUGACAUGUUCGACGCCGCCCAGCUCCCUGAGGUGGAGGAGAACGAGUGA